AGUCGACUACCGUCCACGGACUGAGUGAGGAGGUGAGCUCUGUGUCGUGACGUCAUCAUAGGACUAGUGAAAGUGUUUCUUGUGGACCAACCUGUGACUGUGAUACCCCGGCGCUCCUUGCCAUAACACCUCGAUUUGCAAGCCAGAGACAAUAUGUUGUACUUACCCACGACCACGUGAAAAUAAGUCCCUGUAGUUACCCGAACAACUGUACCUAUACUGCCAGCUACAACCUACUACAUUAAGAAUGGGUUUCAAGAUGGCCGCCCUGUCUCUCCCACCGCUCUGCGCUUGUUUCUUCUUUCUCGCCGGGGUCUCCGCUGUAUCAAAUUCGAUUCACCACCACAUGAACAUAGAAGAGCUCAAAAGUGUGUUUCACGUAGACAAACACAGCGAUGUUCCGCAGUACGAAGUCGUGAGAGUGAGGAGAGCUGCCACUCCCCACCUGGACACACACAAUCUUCGUCUGAGAGCCUUCGGCCAGGACCUGGACCUCGCGCUCCGAAGAACUCAGGGACUCUUCAAGGACCAACUCAGGUUUUGGACGGCCGACUCUAACAGCUCAGGUCACGUCCACUACUCCCUGCUACCCCACGAGGAGAUCGGAGAUCCAUACCAAGAUGAAGAGAGACAGGCGGCCAUCUUGUUGCACAAAGACCCUGCUGACAGUUCUCUUCUACUUGAAGGGACGAUAGGGGAUGAACUGAUUGUGAAGCCAGUGCCAGCCAGCGUGAGGCAGCACCUGGACACUAAUCAUCCCUCGCUCUCUCGUGAUGACGACGAUGAGGCGUUCCUAGAUGAGGAGGCUGGCGAAGAUGAGGCAGUGAGGGAAGGAUUUCCUCUCCAACCCAAACACCAUCACAUUGUAUACAGACGCAGCAUCUCCCACACAAUAGACCAAGAAUUGAGUGAUUAUGCUUUUAUGGAACCAGAUGAGAUGCCUCAAAAACAUAGAAGUAAGCGAUCUGCAACAAUAAGCAAGAGAGAAGCCCCCUACGUCAUCUACCCUGAGAUACUCGUUAUUGUUGACUAUGAUGGAUAUAGGUUGCAUGGUGGGAACAAUGUUCAAAUCAAGAGGUAUUUUGUUUCCUUCUGGAAUGGCGUAGACAUGAGGUAUAAACUGUUAAAGGGGCCUAAAAUACGAAUUAGCAUAGCAGGAAUAAUUAUUUCUAGGGGACGUGAUGCAACACCUUACUUGGAGCGGAACCGAGUGGGUCGAGAUGCCAUCGACUCCGCAGCUGCCCUUACGGAUAUGGGCAAGUAUCUCUUCAGGGAGAGACGGCUACCAGUGUAUGACAUCGCUGUCGCUGUCACUAAAUUAGACAUGUGCCGAAGACAAUAUCCCAAUGAGGUUUGCAACAGAGGAACUGCAGGUUUUGCCUACGUGGGAGGAGCCUGUGUAGUGAACAAGAGGUUAGAGAAAGUGAACAGUGUUGCCAUAAUUGAGGACACCGGUGGAUUUUCAGGCAUCAUCGUUGCAGCUCAUGAAGUCGGUCAUUUACUCGGAGCGGUGCAUGAUGGCUCCCCAUCUCCCACAUACUUAGGCGGGCCUGGGGCGGAGAAAUGCCGCUGGGAGGAUGGCUACAUCAUGAGUGACCUGAGACAUACAGAGAAGGGGUUCCGUUGGUCUCCUUGCAGUGUGGCAUCCUUCCACCAUUUCCUCAAUGGAGAUACAGCAACUUGCCUGUACAAUUCACCACACGAGGAUGAGUCGUUACCAAGAGUGCUGCCUGGGAAGCUGCUCACUCUGGAUGCUCAGUGUCGCAAGGACAGAGGCACAAGCGCCUGCUUUAAAGAUGACAGGGUCUGUGCACAGCUGUUCUGCUUCGAUGCAGGCUCAGGCUACUGUGUGGCGUACAGACCUGCUGCUGAGGGAUCUCCCUGCGGUGAUGGAUCGGUAUGUAGCAAUGGCCGAUGUAUGGCAGAACAUGAGAAUAUCAUCCCUGAUUACUCGCAGAACACACCGACCUAUCUGAGGCGGAACGAUGUCAACUCAGCUGCUACUCAGAACCGACCGGUCUACUCCUUGCUCAACUCCACGACACAGAGGUCUGAAUGGAACGAGUUUUGGAGAACAGCCAGCACUACUGAGUCUGUAUACAAUCCGAGUACGACGACAAAUCCCUUCACACAACACUACACUACUUACAAUUACUAUGACGACCCUUACAGGGGCUACACAACACAGAACCCCAGCAACGAUCUAUCCGUAAAACCUUUCACAGCCCAAAAUCCCUAUCUGAAAACCACAAAAAAUCCGUACAACUUUGCAGAUUUUGGAAAGUCGAAAUAUACAAACUCUCAGUAUUUUAAGACAACAAAGACUUUUGAGAAGUACACAACGCCCAAGUCCCAAUAUAGCUACACUCCAUACACAAGCCCUACACCAUACACAAAGUCAUACAAAUACACGCUGCAACCAUACCAACCCUACACCAGUUCUAAGACAUACCCUCCUAGUCCCACCGUGGCAGACACUGAGUGUGUGGACAAGGACCCAGAACUCAACGGGGGAAUGUCGUGUUUUGAGUUCCUUGAACGCUACGGUUACCAACACUGCGGCUCUCCGUCUUUCAUUCGCAACUGCUGUGCAGCCCAGAAAUACCUCUGUGACAAAAGACCCGCCACUAGAUAGUAUUUUAAAUCAUUCAUCUGUUUUCAUGAAUUUUCAAAAUCACAUUUUCACUUUCGAUGUCAAAUUUAUUUCAGUUUUAUGUUUUCACCAAAGAAUGAAAAGUAACAUUAUUUCAUACAAAAUCUAAAAAGUGUUCAUAAAAAAAAAUUCCUUGAUGAAACGGUAAUUUUAGACAAUUUUAGUAGGAAAGUGUUAUCUAUUUAAUCAAUGUAGUACUUUUGAAUCUGUAGUGUUUUAGAGGAUUUUAUAAAUAUUUUCCUUAUUUAUUCAUGAUGGAAUUGCUUAUUUUUAUAAAAUACAGCAAUGAAGAAAGACCAUAUAGGUGCAUAUGUAUUAUUUUAAAAUAUUGAACAAAUAACUGAGGGGAUAAAGCGCUUGUGUGUGAAAUAGGUUCAUUCAGUAAUGACAAGUAAAAUGUUGUAAUUAGUUCCUGGCAAAAAAUUGGCAAAUUUAUGAUUAAUUAAUUUGUUUAUUUUAGCUAUUUUGAUUCAAUAUUCCCCAAAGAACUAAUUUCAGACUGUUGUGAUAUGUAAUAAAAAUUAUUCAAAAUUAAAUAAAGUAUUUUUAAAAUAUUUAUAAUUAGAAUUCAAAAUAUUGUGUUUAGAAUAAGCUAAUAAUUGUUGGAAUGUACAGAGUUAAAGUAUUAAACCCUAAUAAUCUUGGCAGCUAUUUGCAUAGUAUUAUAGUUCAAAUUAAUGUUUUAUUAAAGAAGAAUAAUUUUUUAUUAAAAAGAAUAUUUUCUAUUGGCUACUGCACCAUUUUGGAUAAAUUGCUUGUGUUAACUUAAUUGGAAAAUUGAAUUCCUCACCUGGAUAUAAUAUAUUCACUGCCACAGUUUCGUACAAAAUAUGGUUCUAAUUAACUCACAUGACAAUACAAUUUAGAUAUGACAAUUAUUGGUUCAAUUUAAUUUCUUGCUAUAAUUUGUUCAAACAAGAUCUUGGUAAAUUUGAAUGUAUCAUAGUAGAUGUACUAAAUAAACAAGGAUUUGUUAUGACUGUAAUAAACACCUUUUCAGUCUUUGUUAUGAAGAAUUGAUUUUAAAAUUAAGUAUCACAAAUGUAAUAUGUACAGAGCUGAUGGAUUUAUGAAAUGCCUGUUUACAUAAUUACUAUACAAAUGGAUUUUGUAUUCAUUUUUUAUUUUUAUUUUAUUGUGAUAUAUUUUUUCAAUAUAAAUUAGGAAAUGAAUUUCUUUGAUCAAUUCUAAUAAGAAUCUGCGGUUUUUAAAUGAACUUGUCCAGAUUGGAGGCACAAAAAUACAAUAUGGUACAAUGCCCUUGUUUUCUUAACCAUAUAAUUUUGUGAGUUUUUACCAUAAUCUUGAUUUGUUUUUGUUUAUUGACUAGUUUUACUUUUAUGCUUAACCUACUUACAGUAAAUUUUGAUCUCUCUUUCAAAUAUCUCAACCUAUUCUACAGCAGACUUACAUAUUACUUUUCUAUAAAUAUUCAGAUUUGGUUGUGUUACUUUUUUAUUUUAAGAACUAAAUAUUACUAUUAUACAACUUUUUUAAGACCUAUUUAACAAUUGAAAUUUGUACGUAAGAUGAUAAAAAGGAUAAAAAAAAGUUAUAAAUAUGUAUAUCUUAAAUAAUUAAGAGCAGUUGUACUAGAUAUUAUCAAUAUCAUAUAUCAUCACUAUCCAUAAAAUAAUAAUAAAAGUGAAUAAUGAAACUUGUUGAAGAUCUUUUCGAAAGACUGAGUCAGAAAAUUUAAUAUAAAUAGAAUGGUUUUUAUUUAGUAUUAAACAUUUAUGUUUAAUCUAAAUAAACAUAAAUAUAUCACUAAUCUAUAUCUUUGAUUGUAUGGCUAACAGGUAAAGAAAACUGUAUUUCAGCAAUUUUAUAAUUUGGAACACAAUUAAAUAGUGUAGGUGAUAUCUCAAAUACUUGUAAUACAACAUCCAUAAAUUUCUCAGAAAAUAAAAUAGUUUUGUUAAAUUUCAUUACUUUCUAACAAAUUUUGCAAUGGUACUUGAUUGAAAUCAUAUCAAAUGUAACGUUUGUUAAACAAUUAUAGAAUAAUUUGCAAAGAAAUCUCACAUUCAUAAGCGCUGCAAAAUUUCAAGUUUUUUAUAUCUUGUAUAGUAUUAAUUCACACAAUUUCAAUUAAAAAUGCAAAAUUUUGUUUCUUGAACAAGCUGACAGAACUGAUAAAUAUAGAAAUUAAAAACAUAAUGUUGACAGACCUACAAAUUGAAGUACAUUAGGUUUCUUGUUAUGUAAUGAUUUAAGAUGUAAAAUAAAAUAAAGCAUCAUAGGAUACAUCACUGCCUUUUACCAUACGAAUCACAUCACUGGGGUUUGUUCGUAUACCACAGCCCCUCUUUGAACAUUUUCUAUGUAAGAUACCUGAGUGUAAAAUAUUGUAUUUAAGCUAUUUUAGUUCAAGUGUAAAGAGUAUUACCAAUAUAAUUAAUUGUCGAAUGAGUUUUUAAUGUUGAAAUGUAUUACUUGUUUAUUGACGAAGGCUGUAUAUAGUUAAGAUUGAGCAAUUAAAGUUCUGAUGUGAUAUAAAGUAAGUUUUGGAUUAAAUGUGAUGUUUGAAUGAA